AUGCCCCGCCGUCUCGGGCCCGGCGGCUGCCGUAAAGCGGUUCGCUCGGUACGACGCUCGUCCCCGCCGCUCGCCUCUCCAGGCGCCGGGAGUGUUACUGCUCCCCCGACGUGCGAGAGCCAGUUCCCGGCCGCGCGCCCUCCCCGUCCGGGCGCCCUGCCCUCCGGGGGCCCCGGUCCCCAAAGUGGUCGCGGCGGCGGCGGCGGCGUCCUCAGGCCAGGCCGCGGGGGGAGGGGGCGGCCUGGAGGCAGUGGCGGGGUCUCAGCACCGGCCACCGCAGGCGGGGCCAUGGAGCCCAGGGAGUCGGGGAAGGCUCCUGUGACGUUUGAUGACAUCACUGUAUACUUGCUUCAGGAGGAAUGGAUGCUGCUGAGUCAGCAACAGAAGGAGAUCUGUGGUUCUGACAAGCUGGUGGCACAGCUAGGACCAACUAUUACCAACCCAGAGCUGUUCUAUAAGUUUGAGCGGGGGCCAGAGCCAUGGCUAGGCAAUGUCCAGGGCCAGAGGACUCUCCUGAGCCACCACCCAGGGAAAAACAAGGUGGGCUGCAUGGAAGAAAGGAAUGUGCAAAGUCCAGCCAGAGAAGCUGGACAGGACGUGCCACCGCAGAAGAAAGCUUGCCUGUCCCAUGUCAGCACAGAGUGUGGCAACACUGCGGUAGACUAUGCAGGGAAAAGCAAAAAACCCUUGAAACCCCGCUCUAUCCAGAAGUCUUGGUUUGCGCAAUUCCCAUGGUUGGUCAUGAAUGAGGAACAGACGGCUCUAUUUUGCUCUGCUUGCCGCGAGUACCCAUCUGUCAGGGACAAACGCUCAAGAUUAAUAGAAGGUUAUACAGGACCAUUCAAGGUGGAGACUCUCAAAUACCAUGCCAAGAGCAAAGCUCACCUGUUCUGUGUCAAUGCCUUGGCAGCUCGGGAUCCCAUCUGGGCGGACCGUUUCCAUAGCAUCCGAGAGGAAUCUGUAGAUGUACUGGGCAGCCCGGAGCACCUCUUCACGGCAGAUUACCCCAUCUUGUACCCCCCAGGACCUCUGGGAGCCUAUGACAACGUGGCCCAGCUCCUGCCCAGCCCAGCAGCCAAACUGGAGGACCCCGGGGGGCAUGGAACACUUCCAGCAUUGUAUCUAGACUGCAUUUCUGAGUUGAGGCAAAAAGAAAUUGUUGAUGAUACACACAGCUCUUCAAAUGUCACCAUUUUGUGUAAUGACGCUGCUGAACCCUGCGGCCAGGAUCCUUCUGAAGAGGGGCUGUUUGAGGAGGUUCCUGUGGUGUUUGAGGAUGUGGCGGUGUAUUUCACCCGGGAGGAGUGGGGCAUGCUAGUCAAGCGGCAGAAGGAGCUGUACAGAGACGUGAUGCGGAUGAAUUAUGAGCUGUUGGCUUCCCUGGGGCCAGCUGCCGCCAAACCAGACUUGAUCUUAAAAUUGGAACGUCGAGCUGCACCCUGGAUCAAGGAUCCAGACGGGCCACGGUGGGGGCAAGGUCGUCCUCCAGGCAAGAAGAAGAUGGUGGCCAUAAGAGAGGCAGACACACAAGCCUUGGCUGCAGACUCUGCAGUGCUUCUAGCUCCUUCUAUGGAGACAUGUAGGUCCUACUGCAAUUCCAGCCUUUGUGAAGUCGAAGUAGAUGGACCUAGGAAAAUCAAGAGGACUUACAGACCCCGUUCAAUUCAGAGAUCAUGGUUUGGGCAAUUCCCAUGGUUAGUAAUCGACCCAAAGGAGACCAAGCUUUUCUGCUCAGCUUGCAAAGAAAGACCUAGUCUCCAUGACAAAUCAUCCCGGUUAGUCCGAGGUUACACGGGGCCUUUUAAAGUGGAGACUUUAAAAUACCACGAGGUCAGCAAAGCACACAAGCUCUGUGUCAACACUGUUGAAAUCAAGGAAGACUCCCCACAGGCUGCGCUAGUCCCAGAGAUCUCCGGUGACCUGAUGGCGAACAUGGAGCACUUCUUCAACGCCGCCUACUCCAUUGCCUACCACUCGCGGCCUCUAAAUGACUUUGAGAAGAUCCUGCAACUCCUCCAAAGCACCGGGACCAUGAUCCUGGGCAAGUACCGAAAUCGCACCGCAUGUACUCAGUUCAUCAAGUACAUCUCUGAGACUCUGAAGAAGGAGAUCCUCGAGGAUAUCCGAAACUCCCCUUGCGUGAGUGUGUUGUUGGACAGUUCCACAGACGCCUCUGACCAGUCCUGCGUGGGGAUUUAUAUCCGCUACUUUAAGGGGACGGAGGUGAAAGAGUCGUACAUCACUUUGGCCCCUCUCUACAGUGAGACGGUGGAUGGGUACUUCGAGACCAUCAUCUCUGCCCUAGAUGAACUGGACAUCCCUUUCCGGAAGCCUGGGUGGGUCGUGGGUCUGGGAACUGAUGGCUCAACCAUGCUGAGCUGCAGAGGAGGUCUGGUGGAGAAGUUCCAGGAGGUCAUCCCCCAGCUGCUACCCAUCCACUGUGUCGCCCAUCGGCUGCACCUGGCCGUGGUAGAUGCUUGCGGGGGCAUCGAUCUGGUAAAGAAGUGUGACCGGCACAUUCGAACUGUCUUCAAGUUUUAUCAGUCCUCAAAUAAAAGGCUGAAUGAGCUGCAGGAAGGCGCAGCUCCACUGGAGCAGGAAAUCAUCCGCCUAAAGGACCUGAACGCUGUCAGGUGGGUGGCCAGCAAGAGGCGCACAUUGAACGCACUCAUUGUGAGCUGGCCUGCCCUGGCCCGGCACCUCCAGGGCGUGGCGGACGCAGGGGGCCAGACCGGGCACAGGGCCAAAGGCAUGCUGAAGCUGAUGAAAAGCUUCCAUUUCGUCAAGUUCUGCCACUUCCUUUUGGACUUCCUGAGCAUCUACAGGCCUCUGUCUGAGGUGUGCCAGAAGGACAUCGUGCUGAUUACAGAGGUGAACUCCACACUGGGACGGGCCUAUGUUGCCCUGGAGACCCUCCGUCACCAGGCUGGGCCCAAAGAGGAAGAGUUCAACGCCGGCUUCCAGGAUGGGCAGCUCCACGGCAUCUUCCUGGACAGAAUGGAGGUGGCAGAGCAGCGCUUCCAGGCGGACCGGGAAAGAAUGAUCCUGACUGGGAUCGAGUACCUCCAGCAAAGGUUUGACAUGGACCGUCCCCCGCAGCUCAAGAACAUGGAGGUGUUCGACACCAUGGCCUGGCCAAGUGGGAUUGAACUUGCCAGUUUUGGGAACGAUGAUAUUCUUGCCCUUGCCAGAUACUUUGAGCUUUCCCUCCCUGCGGGGUACAGCGAGGAAGCACUCCUGGAGGAGUGGCUGGGCCUGAAAGCCAUCGCCAAGAACCUCCCAUUCUCCAUGCUGUGUAAGAACGCCCUGGCCCAGCACUACCGUUUCCCCCUGCUAAGCAGGCUCGUGGCGGUGGUGGUCUGUGUGCCCGUCUCCACCUCCUGCUGUGAGCGGGGCUUCAGUGCCAUGAACCGGAUCAGGACCGAUGAGCGGACCAAGCUCUCCAAUGAGGUGAUCAAUAUGCUCAUGAUGACAGCAGUGAACGGGGUGGCGGUCACAGAGUACGACCCCCAGCCUGCCAUCCAGCAUUGGUACCUGACCUCCUCAGGCCGGCGUUUUAGCCAUGUCUACACGUGUGCCCAAGUGCCACCCCAAGCCCAUGCAAGAGCAGGGCUCAGGAAGGAGAAGAUGGGAGCGCUUUAUAUGGAGGAGGCUGUGACCCAGAAGCCACCUAUUCCAUCCUACAGGGAGCCAGAGGAGAUCCUGAAGGACUGCAUCAUGAACCCUCCCGACAGCCUCCUGUAGCCCUGUACCAGCCAAGGGGCUCCUGAGCUGUCCUGAUAGAGAGUUCAUGCAGGAGCAGGAGUCCUAGGGAUUGCCUUGGAGAUGACCCUGCUGCCAUGCCCCUUGGAAUCAUGGUGACAGGCUCUGCAGAAUCUCCGCUGCCCCAGAAUCAUUUUCAGGGGAAUUCUGUAAGCACCAGGAGCAGGCAGUGACAAGAGAAUUAAGCCCACCACCCAUCAGGAGCACAAACCUGUUUACCAUGGUCCCUCUCUAAGCAGUGGUGACCUAAUAGCACUUACAUAGGCAAAUAUCUCAAAUUCAUUCUUAGGGUGCUUCAAGAAAUGAUCUCAUCAUGAAAGAUUUCACCCCAAGUUCUGGUAGUAAGAGGACUUCUCUGAAGUGGGAGAGACUUGGGUUAGGGGCUUAUAGGAGCAUCCCAGCCCCCUGGGUGGUUGGGGAGCAUCCCAGGGAGGCUGCACACAGCCUCAGUGAGGAGCAGAGGAUGACCAGGCUCUAGGGUACAACUGGCCUGGCUCUGGGAUCUGUCACUGUGGCUCCAUGGCAGACACAGGAAGCUUCAACUUCAAACGAGAGACUCGCAUCAGAAAAAUUCUCUACCUCUUCCCAGGGCCUCCCUCAGGAUGAGGCAAGCAAAACCCUCUGCACAAAGUAGACAGGAGAGGUCAGCGUCCUAUAGCCCCAGGACAAUAGAGGAAAGUCCUUCCCAGAGGGAGUCUGCACUUAGUGGCAGCACUUAGAUUUGACAUAAGUCCGGUUUCCUAAGGAGUAGAUACACCCAGGAUUGCACUGGGGAGGCUUGGGAUCCAGCCCCAGCCCUGGCGCAGGCAGAGGUUCAACCGUAAUUAAUCUGAGUCCUUCCUCUUUCCUGUGCCUCGGUUUCCCUGUCCAUGACAUGGCAGCAGAGAAUUCAAGUGCCUGCUGGCUCCUGGUCUGCCAUAAGACUGACAGCACCUUCAGCUCCCUGACAGACCUCGGGCUGCACAGAGUGGACUUAGCUGCCUUCAGCCCUUGUCCUUGUCCCUUGCUACCGACGUCCUUAGUGUGGGAAGCAGUGCUCCCUAAAAGUGCCAUCAGCCUGGUGGUUGAGUCCGCUCUUCCUGAAGUUGCUCUGGGACUCAGCCUGGGCAUCAUCAGGGGUCUCGUUAAAUAUGCUCCACCCCAUCCCAGCUUGAUCAGAUUCUGGGGACAGCGGCUCAGUGAUGAGCCAUUUCCCACUAGAUCUUCCAGGACCUUUGUGAGCCCAUUGAGACUUGAGGAUCACUACCCUGGAGGCCCCAGAGGGUGUCUUGCACUACUAGGUUCCCACUCAGCCUCACUCCCUCUCCCCUUCCUCCUGGAAGUAAAGCACUUUUCCCUCCAUGGCAGCUGCAUUUUGGCAGGUUGUAGGCUGCUUAUCUGGUGGGGAUGAUAUGGGGCUGAGGUCCCACCUUCCUAAGCAGGGGUGGGGAACAAGAGGAGGUGAGAGGGAAGGGCUUCUUUGCCCCUGCCUUUCUCCUCUUAGGCAGGAAGUGGUGCUACAUCCCAGCCUUGCUCCCGGGGUCCCUGCCCUGUGCUGUAAGAACAAGGUGUCUGACCCUCAGCCAUCAUUCUGUCCUCUUCCCAGUCCUAGGGGGUGCUGAGAGCUCCUGAGAUGCUGGUAUCCACCAUCACCCUGUACAAUGGGCCCCAGUUCCCAAUGUUUCCAGUUUGCCCUUCCCAUCACCCACCCUUAGAACUUUGCCUUAGUGCCAUCGCCUUCCUGUUUUCUUCAGCUUUGGGCCAGGGAUUCGCUCUCACUCUCUGCCUUUUAUUUAGCCUGUGGAAAUGUCUCUUUCCUAGCCCCCUGGUCUGGGGUCUGGGGUAUACUGUGGGCCCUUGGAGCUACAGCUCUGUCCAUGCCCUGGAGAUGGGAGCCUAGGCCUCCCUUCCCCAUUCACAUGAGAUUCUAUAGAGAGUUCAGGAAUCUGCCCCAGGCAAAGUGCUGUGGGUGUGAAUUGGUGGGAUGGAAGAGAGAAGGACCCUUUGAAAUGGGAGUUGUCACCUGCACCCAGUCUCUAGGUUGAGGUGAUUCUGGCAAGCCCCCCCCCCCCCCCCCCAACGGCCUCUUCCAUUCUUUGAGAAUCCUCAGAGCAUGAGGCCAGUCCCUCAAGCAGUGUUGUGUGUGAGUUCCACACACACAGUUCCCUGGGCCGGUCUAGGCACCCGGGUGGAAGCCAGGUAGGGAAGCAUCCAGCCUCCACAUCCAUGUACUGAGGAGGCCUCCAGUGCCAGCUUUUGAGAGAAGGUCAAGCCCCUUGGAGGGGGUGAUGAAAAUGCUGUUCGUUGUAGAGAUUUGCACUAUCCAUGUCUCUUGAAGGGCACAGGCAUGCUAGCUAAUGGCAAAGAGGCCUACCCAUUUUUUUUUGUGCAGGAUCCAGGGCUGACACAGGGUGAACUCCCUUCCCAGAGACACUUACCCCGCCAGAACUCUUUGUUUUGUUUCAAGACACUUGCUGCAUUUCAAAUCCAGGGCCUGGAGAUACCUUUUUGGAGCGGCGUCCUAUUUUUGCCUCACCAGAAAACAAGCUGAAGGGCACGGAGAGCAGUCGGAGCAAGCCUUUGCCUGGAGUCCUAGCUAUGCCUCCACCCUCCUCCCUUCCGGUAACCCUCAUAGCAUCUCCACGUUCUGAUCCUGGCAUCCCCUGUCCCCGCCCCCACCCCAUAACUGAUGCCCACAGGGUCUGACGUUCUGAGUUAACCUGCAUUAUAACUGAUGCUUUGAUUCCAGUAGCCAUAGAGACCAGGUGGGAGGGAGGGACCCCGCCAGGCACCUUGGACAGUGUGACCUCCCCCAGACCUUUGGCUUCUCUCGCCAGCCCAUGAUGAGUUCCUAGGGUGCUAAGUAUUUAGCAAGACGGGCGUGAGGAUUGGCCAAUCCCUCAUGCAGGUGUCUGUCUCCCGAGGAUACUCGGGGUGAUUGGCAAUGGGGUGUCCUCUCCUCUCCUGGUUUCAAAGAUGGGCAAACGAGGUUUAAAAAACCAUGUUUGAUUCUCAGCCUUUUGCUACCUGAAUAAAGCAGAGUUUAUUUGGA